AUAUAAAAUUACUCUUGCUCUUUUUGACAUUUACACUGACCAAACUUUGGCAAAGGGUCCUGAGCUUGGAAGUGACAGAUAGUCCACGUAACAAAUUUAGAAAAGGACUAUGUGUAACAGCAAAGAUAGGAACGUUUUUUGCCAUUUUGUCACGUGGAAAUUGCCUACUGAUAAGACUUCAAUUCAUUGAUAUGUUUUUAAAGAUUUUUUAUUCAAUGAUACUCCAAUACUGAUUGGUAUUUUUCUCUAAAAAGAAAUAACAAAAAGGAAAUGAAAAAGGAAAAUUCGUACCAAAAAUUUAGUAGGUGAUCUGUAGUACAACUUUUCUUAGUACAUUGGGUUGGUAGGUCAUUUUUCCCAUUUCUGGCUUUCAUUGCUUUCCUAUAAUUACAACACCUAGCACAGAGAGAGAAAGAGAGAGAGAGAGAGAGAGAAAGAUAAUCAUGAGUGAAGGAGAGCAAAAGGUGGUGUGUGUAACAGGAGCUUCUGGGUACAUAGCUUCGUGGGUGGUGAAGCUCUUAUUGGAGCGUGGAUACACUGUUAAAGCUUCUGUUCGAGACCCAAAUGAUCCAACGAAGACAGAACACUUGCUUUCACUCGAUGGAGCUAAGGAAAGACUACAUUUGUUUAAAGCUGAUUUAAUGGUUGAGGGGGCUUUUGAUGCUUUAGUUGAUGGCUGUAAAGGCGUUUUCCAUAUAGCAUCCCCUGUACUCCUUUCAGUCAAUGAUCCACAGGCAGAACUAAUUGACCCUGCAGUGAAGGGAACACUAAACGUUCUCAAAUCAUGUGUAAAAGUCCCUUCUAUAAAGAGAGUGGUUUUGACAUCUUCCUUGGCUUCAGUUGCCGUCAAUGGAAGACCUCUGAGCCCUGAUGUGGUAGUUGAUGAGACAUGGUUUUCAGACGUUGUAUAUUGUGAGCAGCAGAAGCUUUGGUAUAUGGUUUCAAAAACUUUAGCUGAAGAAGCUGCUUGGAAAUUUGCAAAGGAAAAUAGGAUUGACUUAGUCACACUGCAUCCAGGGCCUGUGAUUGGUCCUCUCUUACAGCCAACUAUUAAUUUCUCUGUAGAGGCUUUGCUAAAGGAUAUAACCGGUACGGGAGCUCAAACAUUCCCCAAUGCAGUUUACGGAUUUGUUGAUGUUAGAGAUGUUGCUUAUUCCCAUGUUCAAGCAUUUGAAGUUCCUUCUGCCAGUGGAAGAUAUUGUUUAGUUGAACGUGUUGCACACCUUAUUGAGGCUUUCAAGAUUUUAAAAGAACUCUACCCUUCCUUGAACGUUCCUGAAAAGUGUGAAGAUGACAACCCCCUGUUGCCAAUCUAUCAAGUAUCCAAGGUGAAAGCAAAAAGUUUGGGUGUGAAUUUCAUUCCUUUUGAAAUGAGUCUUAAGGACACUGUUGAAAGCCUAAAGGAGAAGGGUUUUUUUUAAUGUGUUUAGAUUGAUGUCUUUGAUCAAGAUAUGUUGGAAAACAAUAACACACAGACCAUAUCUUGUUUUGAUACCCCAGUUUUCUGUAAUUUGUUAACGGUUAGGUAAUUUCAACAGGUUCCUUAGCAUCCUUGUUGAUCUGAAGUUAUUUCAUUGGGUCCAAUAUUCUUUAUCAUUUAGCAGCUUUUAAGUUACUAACAGUGGGAGGUCUUAUUAUCUAAAAGUUGUGUGCAAAUCACUGUGGGAAAUAACAACUUCGUAGAUGUUUUCAUCCAU